UGAUUUCAGUGCUGUGUUAAUUUCUGCUGUACAGCAAAGUGAUUCUGUUAUACAUAUAUAUAUAUUCUUUUUCAUAUUCUUUUCCAUAAUGGUUUAUCACAGGAUAUUGAAUAUAGUUCCCUGUGCUAGGUGACAACAUGUUUUAAUUUGUGUUUUAGUCUAUUCAGGCUGCUUUGAAAACAAAUACCAGGAAUUAGGUGACUUAUAACAACAAACAUUUAUUUCUUAUAGUUCUGGAGGCUGGGAAGUCCAAGUUCCUGGCAUCGGCAAGUUCUGUGUCUGGUUUGAUCAUAAACCAGCAAUGGAAAAACAUGGAAGCCUUUUAUUUUCCCAACAUUGAUGGCAACUUAUCCCUCUUUUUAAAGGUAGGGUCAGAAGAAGAAAAACAUGGCCGUCCAUGUUUUCUUAGUUCUUUUCAAUAAACACCAGUCCUUUCCAAUAAUUGAUUAUCCAAUCUAGCAAUUAGAAUGUCGAUCAGAGGGCCUACCAGUUGCUCGGCAUAUUUGGAACUGUUGAUGCUGUGUCAUUUGUUUGUCUGCCAUACGUCGUGGCUCUGCUUCUUAGGGGUGCUUGGUGUAGGUAUUACGUGCUCUCUGUGUGUACUGCCCCUGACCCUGCUCCAAGUUAUGAUGGCCCUGCAGACAGGGCCCCCUCGUCCCCAUUCAGUGAUUCUAUCUCACCCUUUUGGGGUAUGUUUCUUCAUGUUUAACCGAGGUGUCUCUCAUAGGCUAGGCCACUGACAUCUCUUUUGGACCAUCUCAGUGUCCUUAGUACCAUGUAUCAAGGAGUAUUUCUAAGUCUCUUUUUUUGCUCUCCUGGAACAGGGGAUGGUCUGGGUUUCGGGAUCUACCACUAUUCCCAUCUAAGCACAGGGCCCUUCUACAAGCAUCAAAGCCAGGAGAAGUCCCACUGGGAAUGGGUACUACACCUUGCAUUCCAGAUUUACUCAGCUCUCAAAGAGCGAUUGAUUGCAGUAAUAACCCUAAUUUAUCCACACCUUCUUGUAAAAUUUGCCUUGUAGCUUCUGCACUGACUCUGGGCUUGACCAUGUGGGAUGCUUUGGCCAAUGAAAGACGACGUAGUGUGAUGCAAGAAGAGAUUUGAAGCGUACGUGUGCAUUGGACUUGCCCUCUUGCUGCUCUUGGAAUCCUGCUGGUUUAGUCUUCUGGAGAAUGAGAGACCACAUGAGGCAGACACAAGCUGUCCCAUUUGGCGUCAUCUUAGCUCCCAAAGAGAAGACCAACCCUCACAAAAGUGACCGUAGUUUUCCCAAGCUACUUCUUGCCUCAUUGCUGAUACUUCUGCUACUAUCGGCAAUCUCAUGUUUGAUCGCUUUUAUCUUUUUUUUCCAAAAAUGUUCUUAUAUUCCUAAAGAAAAAAAUACAACAGAAGAAGUCCCUCACACAGUAUUGGAAUGUAUGAAAGAAAAUUCGACCACAGAAGGGAAAGACUGGAGCUGCUGCCCAAAGAAUUGGACGUCAUUUAGUUCUAGCUGCUAUUUUAUUUCUACUGAAGAAAAUAUUUGGGAUGAGAGUGAGAAGAGAUGCUCAAGAAUGAAGGCUCACCUGCUGGUGAUCAACAGCAAGGAUGAGCAGGAUAUCAUCACCCGGAAACUGAGAGGAAAUUCUGUUUAUUAUGUGGGGCUGUCAGACCCAGAGGGGAAAAGACAUUGGCAAUGGGUCGAUCAGACACCAUACAAUAAAAGUGCCACAUUCUGGCACAGGGGUGAACCCAAUAAUCGUUAUGAGCGUUGCGUUGUGCUAAAUGCUCCUUCAGGAGAAUGGGGCUGGAAUGAUGUUCCUUGUAAUGAGCGUCAGAAGUCAAUUUGCAAGAUGAUGAAGAUCUACUUACGAAUGGAACAUUCUCCAUGACCGUGAGGUUGAAUUGGUAUCCACCAUCACAGAGAUAGCUAAUAUGUUCUUUUUUUAAAAAAUUUAAUUUUAUUUACUUUUUAUACAGCAGGUUCUUAUUAGUUAUCUAUUUUAUACAUAGUAGUGUAUAUAUGUCACUCCCAAUCUCCCAGUUCAUUCCACCACCCCGCCACUUUCCCCCCUUGGUGUCCAUACGUUUGUUCUCUACACCUGUGUCUCUAUUUCUGCCCAGCAAACCGGUUCAUCUGUACCAUUUUUCUAGGUUCCACAUAUAUGUGUUAAUAUACGAUAUUUGUUUUUCUCUUAGAGAUAGCUAAUAUGUUCUUGUUAUUCAUGUGUAAGUCUUUAUAAGGGAUCUUCAUAGAAUUUUUCAGUAGGCUGUCACCUAUUCCAUUUAUGAUAAAGUCAGUGCACACAUUCAUUCAUUUGUUCAUUCAUGAAAUUUUAGGGGAGCAAAAGUUGCCACCCCAAAAUGUCUUUUUGGGAAGUGCAUAGUUUCAAGCUGAAAACAAUCAAGGCCAAAAAGACUAAGGAAAAAACUUUCACUUUCCCCCUAGCUGCCUAAAGAAUGGAGAUGUAGGAUCAGUUCUAGGAAGUGAUCACCAUAGAUCACUAUAGUAUGAACUAGGUAUAUAGACAGGGAGGAGCCUGGCAAAGUCUGUUUGUUAAAAUUCCUCUCUGUGUCCCAUUGUCUCUGUGUGGCCCAGCAAACAUUUGUUUAUCAGGCUUUUGCUUUUCCAUCUCCAUGUCAGUUGCCUUCUUCUCCUUUGAGGUCCUAAACCACUACCCCCAACAUCCUCUUUUGUCUUUAGCUGCAUAAGGUAUUUUAGGUGAGGACUUUGGCCAUUUGGGUGAGUUACUCAGUUUUCCUGGGUCUCUCCCAUGUAUACAUGUUAUUAAGCUUUGAUUUUUUUCCUGUUAAUCUGGCUCAUGUCAAUUUUAAUUCUUAGGCCAGCCAGAAGAACCUAGAAAGGGUAGAGGAGAAUUUCUUUCUACCAGACAAAAUGAACAUAUAUUGACCAUUUUCCAUGUGCAGAGACUAUACUGGACAGCCCCUUUGCAGACAAAUGGAGGGGGCCUGAGCCUCAUCUCCUAAUUUUUGUCUGAUUGCUAAGGGGUUAGAUACGAAUAUAGUUAUAUGUUUUGGUUCCUCUAUCUGUCUGGAGUUUUCUCUGUAUGGGUUGGUCAACAGCAAAAUAAUCCCAACCAUUACUUUUUAUUUCUCUCAGACAGAUUUAUUACCUUUAACUAAAAGCAUAUUUUGUAAAGGUGGAAUGUAAUACACGUCAGUGAAUGAUAAAUUCCAGCUUUGGUCCGGUAGAUGCUUUGGGCUUCUUAACAUUCUCUGUUUAGUCUUGGGCUGUCAUUUAACAUCAGCGUACAAGCAAAGGGAAAUCAGAGGUUGAGCACUGGAGAUUUAGAAUUAGAGAAUCAGAACUGGAAGUUGUUACUGGUGAGUUGACAUAGACAUGUUCAUCAGGUAUUUUGAUAAUUUUUUCCUUUGGUUAAAUUUUACAGUUUCUAGGUAUGUAUUUCCACUCAGAAUGGCCCCUGAUAUAUUUAUAUUCCUAUCUUUACUAUAGUUAUUAUAGAUCAUUUUUUUCUACUACAAUAUAUCAUAUUUACAAUAAAGUCUAUUAUUCAUUGCAUUAGUAUGGUAAUUAUAAUUGAUCAUGAUAAAGCCAAUUCUAGCCAUGGCUAUCCCAAUGUGACCUCCUGAGAUGAUGCCCUGAUUAUCUUGAUGCAAAUGAGUAAUUAUAUUUGCCACUUAUUUCCUGAUUAUAUCUAAAGAUGAGUUAUUUUUAUACAGGUCUGAUCUUAUCCAUUGUAUGUAGAAUAUACCAGUUUAUACCUCCCAGAAAGCAAUUUACUUAAUUCUGGGAGAAUUCUAGGGGGACUUUAUUUACAAUGAGCCUUUCCCAUUAUUAUUUCAAUAAUAUGGGGAUGGAAUGAAGGAAGGGCAAAAAGGACCACUUCAGUAACUGCCUUUGUCGGACUAGACGGUGUGCUUGACCUGGAGUGAAAUGGAAAAUAGUGAUAUUAGUCAAUGCUGGACCUUUUCUCUUCUUUCCACCUUGUAUUUUAUGAAUGUGAUUCAGAGCCUAUUUUCUUUAAUUUUCCUUUGAGCACCAGCAAUUAAGUUUGUGCAUAAUAGAUUUUAUGUAAGAUUUGUGUUUAAAGAGUGAUAUUAAAAUGAAGAAGCGGGCUUACCUGGUGGCGCAGUGGUUGGGAGUCCGCCUGCCGAUGCAGGGGACACGGGUUCGUGCCCCGGUCCGGGAGGAUCCCACAUGCCGCGGAGCGGCUGGGCCCGUGAGCCAUGGGCGCUGAGCCUGCGCGUCCGGAGCCUGCGCUCCGCAACGCGAGAAGUCACAACAGUGAGAGGCCCGCGUACCGCAAAAAUUAAAAUAAAAUCAAGACGCAUCCAGCUGAGGACCAAUUAAUGGACAGAAUUGUGAAAAUAAUAAAAUAGCUGUUUUAAACCACUAAGUUUUGGGGUGGCUUAUUAUUCAGUAAUAUGUAAUUGAAAUUCUUUAAAAUUAUAUUACAGUUUUGAACUAAGAUUCUGCAAAAUAAUUAACAUAUCCAAUCAUACUGUUGUCUCUAAAAAUAUUAGUAAUAAUGGAAAAAUGAGAGUAGAUUAAUUUUACCAUUAGUGAAUGAAAUGCAGAUUGAAGUGUUUAUUUUUUAUAUAAUUUUAAUUCCUAUUCUUAUAUAGUAGGCAUAUUGUAUUACAUGGUAGGUAUGUGAUUCUUAUAUAAAUAUUCAAUAUUAAGUGUGUAUAUACUAAAUUUUUUCCUACUGUUAAGGAUGUACAAUCAAAACUUGUUCUGAGAUCACUAUUCUAGAAAAUCAAUCUUAAAAUUCUUGAUUAAAGUUUAGGUAAAUAUUCUUUGAGGUUAAAAAGUGAUAGACUACAAAUGAACUUACUUACAAAACAGAAAUAGAGUCACAGAUGUAGAAAACAAAUUUAUGGCUACCAAGGGGGAAAGGUGGAGGAGGGAUAAAUUGGGAGAUUGGGAUUGACAUAUACACACUGCUAUAUGUAAAAUAGAUAACUAGUAAGAAGCUAUUGUGUAGCACAAGGAACUCUACUCAAUACUCUGUAAUGACCUAUAUGGGAAAAGAAUCUAAAAAAGAGUGGAUAUGCGUAUAUGUAUAACUGAUUCACUUUGCUGUAAGGCAGAAACUAACACAACAUUGUAAAUCAA